AUGUCAGAUGAAUUGACUCUCGCAGGCGUUCCAGCCCGUGAAGAUUGUCCAAGCUGCCCGGAAAACGGAGAGCGUUGCGCUCUACAUAAGAGCAUGUAUCUUCGUGCCUUGGAAAGACAACAGGAGUCAAUCACCGUGGAUCAGGUUCAACAAGCAUAUCACCUCAGGCCUGAUGGACAUAACGAACAGCAGGUCAGCGAGCAGACCAAAACGUCAAAGACUCAGGCUCAGGAGGAGAAUCGGUUAAAGACUCAGGAGGGUCAGAUGAUCAAGGCUUUAAAGAGGAUGAACUUUGAGGAAAGUAGAAGACAUCACGAUCUUACUCAAAAGCAGAAGAAGCGCGCCAGAAGACGUGAAAAGGCUGCUCUGCAAAUUUCUGACCCGAUCAAGAUUGCCGAAAAACAAGAAAAAGCUGCCCGACGUGCUGCCAACCCAGAGAGGAUUGCAAAGCUGGAAGCUCACAAACAGAAAGUAGCCGAGAACAAGGCUCGGACUCAAGCUAGACGCGUCCGCCAAAUGGAACAGCACAAACAGCACGGCAAAAGCAGCGUUCUCAUGGACGACAUUGCCGAAGCAAAUGAGGCCUUGGAGCAUGCAACGACCUACGUUAGAGAAAAUGACUAUGUUUCAAGUGGCCCGGUUAUCAGAACCAGGGGUCAAAUCGCCGCUCGCGAAUGUCAUGAGAAGAUCCAAAGCCUUGUCUUGAUGCAUAGCAUGCCUGAGGAGACCGGCACAGACGCCUUCUUAACCCGCGCAGACUCUCUGAUUGACCAGACGCUUGCAUCGUCCAGCUCCGCCCUAUCGCCAACCGAUCGAAAGAAUCUCGAAGAAGCACUGAGCCUCGUCCGCACUGUACAGUUGCUUUCGAGCAAAGACUACCGCCCUCAGCGAAUCAGUACCGGCGAUGAAUGGGCCGAUCGUGCCAUCCGUGGUAUGCCGAUCAAACAGGAACACACAUCUGAAAGCAGUCUCAACGCCCAAGAGAAUGGUCUAGGAUUCAACGGUCGUCUUAGGGGUGGAGCUAGCCCUGCAAGGGGUCUCUCGCAGAGUGGUGAGACUGAGCGAGAUACCAUGAUGGAUUAG